UCGUUCCAGCAUUCGAUGCUAUACUUCUUUCAUCACUAUGAGCUGCCGGUGAUCCUGCAGCAGGCGCAGCUGCAGCAGCUGCUGUUCCGCAAUCACGCCCAGCCUCAGGUGCCCGGCACCCCCAGUACAGCGCCGACCACCCCGGGUCCGGAGUCGUCGUCGACGACGUCGUCCUCGUCGAGCCCGGCCUCGUCGACGCCUACGAGGGAGCAGACGCAACAGAACUACAUCACCGAGCUCUCUCAGCUCGAUCCGGAACCCAGCGACGCCGACGAACGACACGCGGUUGUCGAUAGCGUGCAAACGUCCACGGCGACGACGGAUCCCGUUCGGCCGAGCGAUCCUCUUCAAGGUACGUCGUGAUUCGUAUUUUGCCCGCCUGCAUCAUCUGCGCCAGCCGAGGAAGCGAUCCGAGUUCACGCGGUUCGAGAAAGUGCGUACAGCUCGUGCAUCGUCGUCCGUUAGAACGCUCGUUUCGGAAGGUGCAACCUGAGAGAGACGUCGAAUAUUUAUUAUAAAUGUCUGUUGUUACAUUCAUCGUUCUUUAUGUUUGUUUAUAAGUUUGUAAGGAUAGUUAAGAUUUUGCAGUGCUUUUAAGCGUGCAAUUACACACUUGUGGACUAUUUCCUUACGAAGUCACGUUAUUGCUUUCGUGUUAAGCUCCUACGCGAGGAGAUAGAGGGAAAAAGAGCGCGACCGAGGACAAUUUGAUCGGUUAAAGAGUUAAGCGCGUGUCGUUGGGUAUCGUGCGCUUCAUCGAACUUUGAUACACUUUACCCUUACUACCCCGUGCAGAUCCGUGCAGAGAGGAGCGAGUUGAAACGGCAUAUUAUAUUACGCUAGAUUUAAUUGCAUAUACAUCCAUUUCAACUUUCGUACAACGGCGGGAGAGAGAAAAAAAAGUUCCUCUCCUCUUUGACGUUCGUUUUUUUUUAUGGGCGAGUUUAAUUUUCACGAGAUACGUUAGGACUCGCGCUUUAUUGGAACGGUAAACGCAACUUUACACUCGAUACACCAGGACGCGAGUGAAACAGAAGGACCGUCCUCGGCAGCGAAUUCGCGAAAAAA